GCAGCUGCUGCGAUUCCGUGGGGUGUCUCGAUCCGCUUACAGCCGAGGCAGGUGUGUAGACAAGCUGGUCUGCGAAGGUCCUUCUGAAGCCACAAGCAGGCCCAGCUGGGCCGCCGCCACCUUGGGUUCCUGCAGGGGGCGCCACCAGCCCAAACACAGCCAUGCGCUGCCCAGCUGCGCUCCUGCUCCUGGUGGGGGUGGCCCAGGCCUUUCGCAUCUGUGCCUUCAACGCCCAGAGGCUGACGCUUGGCAAGGUGGCCAGGGAGGACGUGAUGGACCCCUUAGUUCGGAUCCUGGCUCGCUGUGACAUCACGGUGCUGCAGGAGCUGGUGGACUCUUCUGGCAGCGCCCUCUACCUCCUGCUCCGAGAACUCAACCGAUUUGAUAACUCCGGGCCCUACAGCUCCCUGAGCAGCCCCUUCCUGGGGCGCAGCACAUACGUGGAGAAGUAUGUGUACAUCUACAGGUCACACAAGAUGCAGAUCCAGGAUUCCUACGUGUACGAUGACAAGGAUGACCUCUUUACCCGGGAGCCCUUUCUGGCCAAGUUCACUUUGCCCAGCAAGGACCUUCCCAGCUUGGUGUUGGUCCCCCUACACACCACUCCGAAGGCCGUGGAGCAGGAGCUGAAUGCCCUGUAUGACGUGUUUCUGGAUGCCUCCCGGCGCUGGAAGGGCGAGGACAUCAUCCUGCUGGGGGACUUCAAUGCUGACUGUGGUUCACUGGCCAAAAAGCGCCUGGGGGAGCUGAUGCUGCGCACGCAGGCUGACUUCUACUGGGCGAUCGCCGACGGCGAGGACACCACGGUGCGCGCCAGCACCCACUGUGCCUAUGACCGCAUCGUGCUGCACGGGGAGCGCUGCCGGAGGCUGUUGCAUGCGGCCUCGGCCUUCAACUUCCCCCGGAGCUUCCGGCUCACCGAGGAGGAGGCCCUCAACGUCAGUGACCACUACCCCGUGGAGGUGGAGCUGAGGCUGAGCCUGAGCCGGGCGGGGCCCGGGACCCGGCCCCUCAGCCUGGCGGCUCUGUUGCUGUCCCCGCUGCUGCUCCUGCUGCUCCUGCCCCCACAGCUGGGCCUGGGGGCCUGAGCCUCACCCACCCUGGUGGCUGCUGCCCGCGGAUGUGAUGACUGACUACACUGCCCUUAGGAAUCAAACCCCAGCCUCUCCAGGCUCUCUGCCCUGGGGCCAAAGUGACUGCUGAAGGGCUUCAACUGCAGCCCAGCCUGGCCCUGCCCAGCCCUGCCCUGCC